AUGGACCCUCUCUCUGCACUUGGACUGGCGGGAAAUAUCAUAAAUAUUGUCGACUACUCAACUAAAGUCGUCUCUAGAGCAAAGCAACUGUACGGAUCGGCUACCGGUGCGACAGCGGAAAACACCGAACUUGAAACCCUGACCAAGGGUUUAAAGAGCCUUAUCGACCAGACUCGAAACAGGCCAGCCGAGAACCCACCAAGAGAUCGAUUUCGUCUGAGCAAUGCCCAAGGUUCGGCCCUGCAAGGCCUCGCUCGACAAUGCACUCAGGUGGCAGACGAAUUGCUAGAAUGCCUAGAUUCGGUCAAAGUCAGAAGCGGACGUCAGCCUCUGAGGAGUGCCACCCAGGCGGUGAAAUCUAUCUGGAAACAGGACCACAUCGACAGCCUUCAACGAAGACUUGAUCGGAUCAGCAAGCAGCUUAUGGAUGGCAUGCAUCUAGAAUUGCUCGACGACAUCAAUCGAAGGCUGCGUGAGCUGGCGCUCGAAAACAUGCGCCUAGAGGCGAACCGCUCUCAGGAGAUUGGCCAGCUCCGUCGAGAGUUCAAUUUUGCGACGGAAGAGAUGAAGAGGGUUAAUGCUGACGAAAACCACGCGCCAGGAUUUUGGUUAGUUCUGUGCGAUACUGCCCGUCGUGGACAAGCAUAUUUUGCAGAGCAAAUAAUCCUCCAGAGCCUCAGGUUUUCAGCUAUUGAUUCGCGUCACCGAUCAAUCUCAAAGGAGCAUGCACAAACAUUUCUAUGGAUGUUUGACGAGACUUCACCAACCAGGUUUCUUCAAUGGCUCGAAGAAGAAGAAGAAAGUGUGUACUGGAUCUCAGGAAGGGCGGGCAGUGGUAAAUCCACCCUGAUGAAGUUUGUGGCGGAUCAUGAGCAAACGGAACGCUCUUUGAAAGCAUGGGCUGGCGACAUGAAGCUCGUUACCGCAAGCUUCUUCUUCUGGAAAGCCUCGUCACGUCAUUCGCAAACAUCGCAGCAGGGCUUGCUGAGGACAAUCCUUUACCAGGUCCUACGCCAGUGCCCCGAUCUAAUCCAGGUGGCUUAUUCUGACCAGUGGAUUGCACUGACGACCGAUGGUAUACUCCUGAAAGAAUCUCGUGAUGAGCUCUUGACCGUACCAGCCCUUCUCGAGACUCUGAGGAAGAUCUCAACUUCCACGGCCUCCGACACGAAAUUCUGCUUCUUCAUAGAUGGGCUUGAUGAGUACGACGGAAGGCCCGCCGAUAUCAUGCAGCUGAUCGAUAUCUUGAGGUCUUUUCAAAAUGUCAAGACAUGCGUCUCGAGUCGUCCGUGGAACGAAUUUGAGGAUCGUUUUGGGAGCAAGUCACCCUGGAAGCUGUACAUACAUGACCUUACCAGGGAAGAUAUCCGUCUCUACGUCCAGGACACGCUUGGCAGAAAUCCGAGGUUCCGACAGCUUCAGAAAGAGGACCCUAAAUGUCCCGACUUUGUCCAAAAUAUUGUGCAUGAUGCAGCCGGUGUUUUCCUUUGGGUGUCCCUCGUCGUGAGGUCCCUCCUUGAUGGGCUGACGAACUCCGACCGCAUCAAGGAUCUGCAGGGUAGAUUGCAUGAAAUUCCGAAGGAUCUCAAGGAUUACUUUGAAAAAAUCUUGUUCUCUACCGAAAACCGAUAUCGAACGCAGACAUCACGAAUCUUCGCAGUCGCGGUUAAUGCCUAUGACGAGCUUCCACUGAUGGCGUAUUGGGUUGUCGAUCAGGACAUUACAAACUACGCGUUUCAAUGUUCGGCGAAAACGCCUGCGAAGGAUGUCCUAUUUUCGCGUCUGAGGAAUAUGAAACGAAGACUGAAGAUGCUCAGCAGAGGUCUCCUCGAAGUGGCCGAAAUAGAUUCCGCCUCAGUGGAGACCCUUUUGUAUGGCAAUGAGGUGGGCUUUCUGCACAGGACGGUCAAGGACUACCUGCAGACUGAGGAGGCACGGCUGAUGCUUCAAGCUCGAUCGGAUGACGAUUUCGAGGCCGACUGGGAAAUUCUCAACAGUCUCUGCGCACUGGCCAAAAUGACACCUCCGUACGGGUUUUAUCGGGGCUCUGGUUCAUAUCGGGUCCUCCGGUUUUAUCGGUACUCCCUGACUGAUUUUUGGCCAGCUGCCUCACGGUUGGACCGGAACCCUUUGUUUCAGCAGGACUUGGCUUCCAUACUGGACCAUCUUCAAACAGUUCUCACUUCAAAAUUGAAAGGAAAUGCACAGGCGUUUGAGGAGGAUGAUGAAUUUAGGAUUUUCAAGGACGGCCUGAAAAUUGAUUUGAUUGCCGUGUCAGCUUGCUUCUGCUUUGGACUUUCCAAUCUUGUCGGCAGGAAAAUUGAACAGGAUCCAGGCCUGUGCCGCAGAGUGACAGCCCACCUCAAUGCAAUAUAUUUGGUGGCGUGUUCAGAAUUAAAAAGCUCACGAAUCGGACCCUUGGAGCGCGAGUCGAUCAUAGCCACUCUUGAGCUUCUCCUCGCUCAGGGUGUAGACCCGAACAGGGGUCUGGGAGACCAGUUGGAUUGGUUUUUGAUUUUGGACUCUCUGCCAUGGGAUCUCGAAAUAAUUGGCACAGGCCGGCCACGGGAAGACAGAACCGAGGGGUUCGAGUGUUUUGAAGCUGUCAAGUUACUUGUGCGAUAUGGAGCAGAUUUUGAACAGGAACGCGUGGGCAUAAGUUACCCCCACGGGGUCGAAAGAGCCAGUCAAGUGCUGAGGAGAUGUUUCAACGCAGACCAAUGCGCGGUCCUUGAAGAUAUCGCCAAGCAACGGGCGAGCAAGCUCAAGGAGAGCCAGAAGAUGCCCAAGAAGACGAGCCUCCUCAAGUUAUGGAUACGCUCCAAGAAGUGA